UGAGAAGGUUCUUUCUGAUGUCAUCUCUCAAGACUCUUGUGGGUGUUCCCAUUUCAAGCAGGAGUGAAUGACCAUAACGAAGGAUCGAACAGCGUUAAAGACGGAGCAGUUCACCGUGCUGUGGAUCCUGUUCGCCAGCAUCGUGCUGGGCAACGCCGCCGUGCUCGUCGCGUUGCUCGUCAACAAGGCGCGCAAGUCGCGCAUGAACUUCUUCAUCAUGCACCUCGCGCUCGCCGACCUCUCCGUGGGCGUCAUCAGCGUCUUGACUGACAUCGUCUGGAGGAUGACCGUCUCGUGGAAUGCGGGCAACGCUGCCUGCAAAAUCAUUCGGUUCCUGCAGGUGGUGGUGACGUAUUCCUCCACAUACGUGCUGGUGGCCCUGAGCAUAGAUCGCUACGACGCCAUCACGCACCCGAUGAACUUCUCUGGCAGCUGGCGCAGAGCCAGACUCCUUGUGCUGUCUGCGUGGCUGUUGUCUUUUCUCUUUUCUGUGCCCAUCAUCAUCUUCUACGAGGAGAAGACAAUCCAAGGCCACUCGCAGUGCUGGAUCGACUUCCAGGAGCGCUGGCAGUGGCGGCUCUACAUGACGCUGGUGACCACCACGCUGUUCGUGCUGCCCGCGCUCAUCAUCACCGCCUGCUACACCGUCAUCGUGCUCACCAUCUGGAGCAAGAGCAAAGUCCUCACGCCGCCCAGCCGCCUCAAGAAUGGCGACCACAGAUCUGGCGAUGAUCACGACUCCAGGCGUGCCAGCUCCAGGGGUCUCAUACCAAAGGCUAAAAUCAAGACUGUCAAGAUGACUUUCGUCAUCGUGUUCGUGUUCAUCCUGUGCUGGAGUCCGUACAUCGUGUUCGACCUGCUGCAAGUGUACGACUACGUGCCGACGACGCAGACCAACAUCGCCGUGGCGUCCUUCAUCCAGAGCCUGGCGCCGCUCAACUCGGCCGCCAACCCGCUCAUUUACUGCCUCUUCUCCACGCACAUCUGCCGCAGUCUCAGGUCUGCACACGUCCAGUUUCGUUACCGUUGCUUAGCUAAAUGCAACAACAUUUAAUCAAGAAAACUUACGCUGCCUGAAAGUCAAGUACAGAGAAGGGGAAGAGGGAGUCAAAUGAAACUUAACAGGUUGAGAAGGUAACCUCAGCGAUUACAAAAUAGAGCCAAAUUUCAAAGUAUAUGGCAGU